AUGGAUGAAUCAGAACUGGAGCCGUCAGAACUCGGCACGCAGUCUUACUGGCAGCGGGCUUACCAAAAGGAGAUCAUCAACUUCGAGGACCACGGGGAUCCCGGCGACGUCUGGUUCGGCGAGGACAGCGCCUACCGCAUCAUCAAAUGGAUCUGCCAGUGUGGAAUUGCGAAGGACGCGCCAGUCAUAGAUUUAGGUUGUGGUAAUGGAUACACCUUAUCUGAGCUGGCCAGGGAAGGCUUCACAAAUCUAUUGGGAGUGGAUUACUGCGAGGAAGCAAUUAUCCUUGCUGAGAAGGUGACACAGAAGCAGUUCCCAAUGAUAAGGUUUCAGAUGUUCGACAUAAUCAAUGAUGAUGUGACACAUCUAGGGGAUAAGUUCCAGUUGGUGCAUGACAAAGGAACUUACGACGCGAUCAGUCUCAAUCCGGAGAACGCAAAGGAGAACAGACAGAAAUACAUAGCUCAGGCAUCAGAAAUGCUCGCAGGCAAUGGUUUGUUCGUGAUAACCUCAUGCAAUUGGACCGAAGACGAGCUACUGAAGCAUUUUUCGGAGAAGAUGAAAAUGAAGUGCGUAAUACCGACGCCCCAAUUCACUUUCGGCGGGAAAGUGGGCAGCAUGGUGUCAUCCGUUGCCUUUGUUAAGAAA